UAUCUCAGGCCAGGAGCAAAGGAUUUUUAGCUGUCCUCUCAUAGGGAAGAUGGGAACUCACCAUUAAACAGGUAACCUGCCCAGGUAGGAUUCCUGGCUAGAUCUGAGUAUGCACAGACCUUGUUUUGCAAGGAAAGUGCAGUGUCCUUUGCUCAUGUAUCCCUCCAUAUCUUUGCAAUGCUGAAGGAAGUGAAAGGGUCCUAUUUAUAAAAGGAAUUUCCCUAUGCAUACUUGUGCUCUGCAUUCCAGCUGCUCUUUGUGGGUGGCUCUGGAAGUAUUUGCUGUUCCUCCUGCUCUCCUCUCUCCUGCCUCCAGCCAGUCACUAAAUCUCAGGAAUGCACAUCAUUAGGUCCCAGGACCCAGCACCCAAAGGGAAGUUCUCACUGUGAUCCAGCAGAUAUUGAAGCAGAGUUUGUGGGUGCUGUCAGCCCUGGUUUGCAGCUCAGCCAAAGCCCUCCUGGCACAGAAGUGGAUGAGGUGGACACAUGUCCAGAAGAAGAUGGACGAGGCUUGUAGGAAACAAGAUGCAGGUUUGGACCAGAUAUAGGGAAUUUAAAGAGCAGGUAAGUGUCUCAGCUUGGCAGAGAGCAAAGCACCCCCUGAGUAGAACUCGGUCCUUCUCAAGACACGUUGUCCAUGAUGUCAGUUGGCUUUGCUGUAUAAAUGUGAGGGAAAAGUGGAGAGGGCGAUGCUGAGAGCAGUCUGGUGAGCUCAGGUGCUGAAACUCAAAGAGGGAAAGGCCUUUAGUAGGGCAUAACUUCAGGUUUGCACGAAAAUUCUUCUUCCAGACCUCUUCUGGAUUGGAGAGAGGAUGUCAGCUCCUUCCCACACCCGCCAGCACAGUGCUGCUGUGUUUCAAAGCUUUCCAUGGCUCCUUCACCAUGAGCUGUUGGCUCAGGCUGCACAGCCCUUGCAGACCUACACCAUGUGUUUGCAGAGUGCUUGUCCGGCUGCCUGGCACUGACCAAAGUCCAGGCUUUGGUCUGCCUCAGAGAAUUAGGUAGUAAUGCUGCUUGGGCCCAAAGGGCUUUGUUUCUACUAGUUUUUCUCAUCUCCAUCACAAAAGGCUGUGGUCUUUGCUUUGAUCAUUUUUCCUCCUUCCUCCUGAUUUUAAUAAAAAUUCAAAUCUGCUCUCUUUAACCCACAUUUUAUUCUGUGGCCAGAUAAGGGCGAGAGAUUGAGUUAUCAGACAAUCCAGCUUUUUCAUUUGGUUUUACUUCAGUUUGCAGGGUUUUUUUCUUUAUUUUGCAGGCUAGACUUGUAGUCACAACAUCAGGAGCAAAUAAAACUCUCUAGAAGAACUGGUAUCAGCAGAACCUGAGUCAUUAGGACGGGUCACUUGGCUUCUUACAGUAUCCAAAGCAAACAGAGCUCUCUGAUAUAACAGAAAGUGGCAGAGACCAUUAGAGACAUGAGUGUCCCCAGGAUCCCAGACAUUCAUCUCAAACAAGUUUCAAGGGAGGAGGUAGUUAAGUAGCUAAAAGCAAAUGUUUAAAAAAUAGGUGAAAUGUAACACCUUGACACAGCAAUGCUCACCCCUGAAACAUAAGAAUGCAAGGAUUAGAGUCAGUACAUCUUUCAUUCUGAAACAGCUGUUAGCUGCACAGAUCCUGAUCUCUCCAAGCACGGUCUCAAUCUGCUGUCCUAAUUUGCACUCAAAUCACCUGGCUUCCCCCCUGCCCAGUUUGCCCACGGUGAGACCAGUGAAAAGCCCAACUUGCUGUUGUCAGCUUUGUGCCCAGCCAUGGAGCAGCUGGAAACAUCCUAGUCCUUCACCAACAGGGUGCUGAAGUCUCUGCUGUCACUUGGUGGGGACAGACCUGUGCAAGACACCAGGCAUGACAGAAGAAGUAGGAAUGCUCCUUGACUUCUGUUGAAGAACUAACAGCUCUCUGUAGCUUCUUAGCUGAUGGUGUCUCUACCUUGUCGGAGAAGUUUGAAGGUGAUAUCAUGGAUGCCACAAUGAAAUCCCAGACCAGCUGCCACAGGCUGACUCUUCUUGUGAAAAGGAUCUUGGCUUUCAUUGUAACUUCACUGGUGAGUUUGACCCUGGACCUGGAUGGAUUGAGACCAGAAGCCCACAUUAUGAUCCAGUACCAGCUGAGGCAGGUCCUGCCAGAGAGGAAGGUAGAUCCUUCUGCUGCCCUUGCCUUGCUCUGCAGCUCAGCAGCAGCCAUAGUGGUCUGGAAAUGGCUGGUCAAAAGGCAAAUCCAGAAGAAAAUGGAAAAGGCUCGGAGGACCCAGAAUGAGGGUUUGAAGAAAAUGGCAAAGGCUGUCCAGCAGUUCAGGGAGCAGGUCCCCAGUGUCCAGACAGAUGCCAUCCUGUCCCUGCCCCUGCUGGAACUCGCUGGGAGACUACAGGAAGGGUCUCUGUCCCCCAAGACUGUCCUCUACACCUACUUAGAGAAGGCCCUGGAAGUGACCCAGCAGACAAACUGCUUGCAACAUUUUAUCCCAGAGUGUGAGGAGCAGCUCCAGGAAAUACAACAGCAGAGGGAGAAAGGUCUGCUCUACGGCAUCCCAAUCAGCAUCAAGGAUCACAUCGGCCACAAGGGACAUCUGUCAACGUGUGGACUUGUGCAACGCCUGGGCACUGUGGUGCAGGAGGAUAGCGUCCUAGUCAAGGUUUUGAAGAGACAGGGGGCCAUCCCAUUUGCAAUGACCAACGUGCCACAAUCCCUCUUCAACUAUGACUGCAGCAACCCUGUCUUCGGCCAGACCUUGAACCCCUUCAACCACCAGAAGAGCCCCGGGGGCUCCUCAGGAGGGGAAGGAGCUCUGAUCGCAGGGGGAGGCUCCAUCCUGGGCAUCGGCUCGGACAUCGGUGGCAGCAUCCGCCUGCCAUCCAGCUUCUGCGGGCUGUGUGGGCUCAAACCCACGGCUGAAAGGCUCAGCCUGUCUGGAGCAAGUGGCCCAGUCAGUGGGAUCCUGGCAGUUCCGUGUGCGCUGGGGCCGAUGGCAAGAGAUGUGGACAGCCUGGCCCUAUGCAUGAAGGCGCUGCUCUGUCAGGAGAUGUUCCAGCUGGACCCCACUGUGCCCCCUAUACCCUUCAAUGAGGAGGUGUACUCCAGCUCUGCUCCUCUGCGGGUCGGGUACUACGACACAGACGGUUACUUCCCACUGCCCCCUUGCAUGCGGCGGGCGGUGCGGGAGACCCGGGAUGCUCUGCAGGCAGCCGGGCACCAGCUGGUGCCCUUUUCUCCACCGGGGAUCCACUAUGUCAUGACUGAACUGUUUUUGAAGACCUUUUUUGCUGAUGGAGGCCAUGCUUGGUUGGAUGUGUUGAGAUACUUAGGCUUCUUGAAAAAGGGCAUACAGCUUCUCUGGCAUGAUCCCCUCCUCUUGUCGUGUCUCAGCACAGGAGAUAUUGUAGAUCCAAACUUGAAAUCACAGGUGAAUUGCUGCAAGAUCCCAAGACUGGGCAAGAAGCUGCUGGCUCUGAUUCUUAAACCUCUGUUUCCCCGCUUGGCUGACUACCUGAGCGCCUUGGGUGGAACGAGGUCAGUGAAGGAGAUGUGGAAUCAUCACCAUCAAAUAGAGGUGUACCGCACCGAGUUCAUCGCCCAGUGGAGGAAACUCCAGCUUGAUGUUGUGCUGUGCCCUGUCCUGGGGCCUGCCUUCACCAUAGGAUACCCCGGGAAACUCCUCACUGCCAUCUCCUCCACGAUGCUGUACAAUGUCUUGAACUUCCCUGCUGGGGUUGUACCUGUCAGCACAGUGACAGAAGCUGAUGAGGAAGAGCUAAAGCUUUACCAAGGAUGCUGUGAUGACCCCUGGGACCAGAUGCUGAAACAGGCCGUGGCAGGAGCCGUGGGGCUGCCCGUGGCUGUGCAGUGCGUGGCCUUGCCGUGGCAGGAGGAGCUGUGCCUCCGGUUCAUGAAGGAGGUGGAGACCCUCAGCCGUGAGAAGAGAGCAGCAUAGCUUUCAUGGUCCCACGCCUGCAGGGCCAGAGGCGAGGAAACGGGACAGCCCUGCACUUCUCUUUUGCAACUGGCAAUGCAGAAACUACACUGAGGAGGGAAGGAGGAAGGAAAAGCCAUUUCCUGACUCCCCUCCUUGUCAAUACGCACACAUCCUAUAAGGAACCAAGAUGCCAUGCAGAGGGCAGGACUGCUUAAGCUGGGUUCAAAUAAUGAUAAAUCUAUGAACUCCACCUUCCUGGAAAGAUGGACAUUAAUGGGGGUUCACCCUCAUUUUCACCUGUGUUGACUUUUGACAAAGCAGGGUGAUGCUGAGAGAAAAUUAUUACGAUAGCUCAACAGUAUUUUGCUGGUGCUGGAGUAACUUCAUGUGGAUGUAACGAUGGGCUGCCCUGUAAAGAACACAGCCACGUCUACCCUCCCCAUCACUGUAUUUUGCUCACAAAAAUAAAAAUGUAGCUAUUAAGCAAUCCUUCUCAUAAACUCCAGUAAUCCUUCACUGAUACCUAUUAUAUGAAUGCAGUUAUUACUCAAAAUCAUACUAACACCUUCCCACUGGACACUAAAUGGCAUCUAGCAUGGGAGCAUUCACACCUUCCCUCUCAACCACAGCUUUCCUGUCUGUGAGGGAUGGCAACAAUCACUGGCCUUUCCACAGCAUCAAGCUCUUUCCACCACCACACCACGAGCAUGUUAUUUCCAACCUCACAGCAGGGGCACUCUUAGCAGCCUCUUAUUUCAAGACCUCAGGGUGCUCCUUCUGAAGGCAGGAGAUAAGCAGACAUGCCACUCAGUUAUGCAGACAGUGAGAUCUGGGACAGAAAGCCUGAGAUGCCCAAAUGGUGUUUGUUAACCCAAACCUGCUCAGGUAGGAUGAAAGCAGUCAGACGGGAGGGAGAAAGCAGCACCCACACAGGGCCAUCUACCCU